GCAUGUUCGAGCCAUCCUCGCAUAGCUUGCAUUAGUACACAGAAACAGUCAUUACCUGGAGCUGCUUCCUUGGUACUUGCCUUAAAGCGUAAUCUUUAGUAAACUACCUUCAGAUGCCUUGCACUGGAAUAUACCGUGACUGAAUGUGGUUGUAAGACUGCAACUUUUCGUCUAAUGUCGUCGAGCCCUGCUGCCCCCAGCCCUAGACUUGAGGCUUUUAGGAAAUUGAUCGAGGAGCUCGUGACCCUGGAAAACCAUUCGCACACUACUUUGUCAAGGGAGAUUAGUAAAGUACUGGAGGAGGCGUCGAAGGGCUUGCCCGAUGUCACGGUUGCUUACUGCGGAAGCUAUGGCGGUGGCUUCGAACUUAGCGAUGAUUUCUGCAACUACAUGGAAACAGCUAAGGAAGCGAAUACCGACGCUGAUGGCUCAAUAGGCUUCCACGUGAGCAACUGGCGCGUGAUGGUGGCAGCAUGCAUUCCCGGCUUUGGCCGGCAUUGCGCUGCAACCCAUCCAGACCUGGCGGCACUGCUGCGGGCCUACGUGCAAUACGACCUUGACGCUGUUUUCAACAGCGUUUUCAAUUUGACCUGGGCCCGCAGCAGUGCAUCGCAAGCUCGCGCUACCUUGGCCGACGUCACUGGCCUGGAUGAUACCCUCGAUAACUUUGGCGAAAAUACCGACCCACCUGCUUACAUGGUUCAGUGUGAUGACCACAGUUCUGGUCUCAGAGAGUACACGAAGGACAGCCUGCUGGCCAAGUGUGAGGAGGUCAUCACGAGUGAGGACAAGAAAGCCGAGGAGGUCUUCCAGGCCCUGCUGGAGCAGCACUCCUACCUGACCCCCGACCUGUUGGAGCUCAUGGCCCGGGACUACGAGGAGAGCAAGGAGGCCUUAGAGAGGAGCAGCGCCGAUAGCAACAGGGAAAAGGAGUGGGGUAAUCCGUGGGAGUUCGCUAAGCCCUACGAGGCCUACUCUAGCUCGACCACUCCCUGGCUGAUGUGGAAGCACCAGAAGCAAGUGAACAAGCACGCCAUGGCGUUCCUGAUGAGGCAUCCGGACGCCCUGCCACCGGUGCCGGCCCUGCAGCCACUGCCGACGGCACCAGCAGCAGCGGACACCACAUCCUCCUCCCCUUCCUCUACCUCCUCAAAGAGGGUAGAUAUGCUGAUGGGGAUGCUGUUUGGCAGCACCCCGUCCUGCAAGUUGCGGACUGCACGUGUUCCGCGUCUCGGAGGCUGGCAAAUCGACGAAUAUGAUGGCAAGGAGAGUGUCGUUCGGCUCUGAGCUGUUGCGGAUUCCACACAGGGUAAAUCCCUACGGUGGUAACUCAUCCUGGAUUGCCAGGAGAGGUGGAAACUGAGGGUACAAGCUUCAUUUUUACAACUGAUGAGGGACGGGUAUGUUCGCAGAGGGUACGAAGUGUUGUUAGUUGUUAAACCCACGUAACUGGUAGGUAUGCCUGACGUUUUGGAGACUUAAUGAGAUAGCACAGGUGUGUGAAUUGUGGAUUGUUACCAGUAUCCUGGAUGGGUAGCGUGGACAGGAGAGUUAAGAAGUGUUGCGUGGAAGUGUCCCAUGUGUGCAGCAGCAAAACACUGAUAGUCUGAUGGCAGCUGGUGGCUUUGUAGUCAGCAGGGGCAACGAGCGCCAAAGCUUGCACAGUGGCUUGCUCGACAGCGUGGAUCAGGAUUAUCUGGAAGCUGCCGGAUUGUCCAUCUCCCCUAGGAAGUAGCCUGGUUGGGGCAGCUUGACUGCUGCUGGACAUUGCCGCCGUACUAGCAGCCAAUUUGCUUCCGUGGUGCAGGGUGUCGCCAGAUGUUUGUGUUCUGGUCACCUUUUGUGGGUUUGUUCUGCGGUUAAAUCCGAUUGUCCUGCAGUGUAGGGCUUGGUUCAUCACCCGUGUUCUCUUCUUGGCAACCACUUUCACGGUCAACCAAAUCAUAGGUAGCGUCAAAUAUCUGUGCAUCAUGCAGAC